AUGUCCUCCCUUCUGCUGAGCGCUGCCAGCGGCGGCAUUUUCGGCGCCGCCCUGACUGCAUCGGGAGUAUACUCCCCGUCGGUGAUCAUCUCACAGCUGCAGCUGGGCAAUUUUCACAUGCUCAAGAGCUUCCUCGCCGCGAGUGCCUGCAGCGCGUUGAUUGUCUUUGGAGCGAAUCGAGCAAAGUACGCCAAACUCUCGCCCCGGUCCGAUUCGUCGUAUGGCUGGUUCAUGAGGUACGAUGCAAACCUCAUUGGCGGACUUUUGCACGGCGUCGGCAUGGCUUUGACUGGUGCGUGUCCUGGCACUGUCCUUGUGCAGCUUGCGAUGGGUGUCAGAUCUGCACCGGCUGUGGCUGCCGGCUGUAUCUUGGGAGCUAUCGCCUUUAUCAAAACGGCACAGCGUCUCAAGCGAUCGCCACCGACGACAACAUCUUCUAGCCCUGCUCAACAAAAUACCGUACAAGCGAAGUUGGGCCUGUCCACCAAUUCCAUGAUCCUCCUGUACGAAACUCUGUGUCUUAUGAUGGUUGUUGCAGCCACGUAUCUGGCGCCCACGCGAGACCACUGGUUGAACCCUAUCGUGGGCGGCCUCCUUAUCGGCGUGGCGCAAGCGACCUCGGUUCUGUUCACCCGCAAGACCCUCGGUGUCUCUAGCGCGUGGGAAGACGUUGGGAAAUAUUUCUGGAGUGUCGUUGACGGGACGGCAGGCCCCGGCUUGUUAAAUAUCGUCUUUGCAAGCGGCGUCAUGGCUGGCUCGAAGAUCGUUUCGCAGUUCAUCCCCGCUGUGUCCGAGGCAGGGGCGCCGGUGAUCAGUCCCCUUGCCGCCGUUGCGGGGGGAUUCGCCAUGAUAUUCGGGGCGAGGCUGGCGGGCGGAUGUGCAAGUGGACAUGGCAUCUCCGGAAUGGCCACUAUGGGCUUGAGCAGCUUCAUUACGGUGGCUGGCAUGUUUGGAGGGGGCAUUAUAUCGGCCCUACUGCUGCGGUGA